UUAUCUAUGUAAUUAGGUGAUCAAAUGCUUAUGCCAUUGUUAAAUGUAUUGGAGAUUCCCUAUAAAUAUUACAUGAACGGAGAAGACGAGUCACAUGGUAUUUGUAUCGCGUCGCAUCCGGAUAGUCGUUAUUUUGUCUGUAGAAUGAUCCUUUUAAUCUUUGUCAAAUUUCUUUUGGUAACUUGUAUCAGAGCGGCGCCGAUAUCGGAGGAACGAGAUCUCAAUGUACUCGAAUAUGAUGGAUAUAGAAGAGGUCUACCAUCCAACCUUGCUGGAGAACUGGGGGAACACUUUGAAGGGGACAUGGUGCUGUCAAAGGCACAAUUGAGAGAUGUGCAUAUUGCUAUAGACCGAAACGGUUUGCGCGGUGGAGCUAAACGGUGGCCGCAGCGCACUGUCGUGUACCAUAUAGAAGAAGAUGACUUUGAUGAAGAUCAAGUAAAAAUGAUUGAAGAGGGUAUGGCGGAUCUUGCCAACAAAUCGUGCAUUCAAUUCGUCCCCAGAAAAUCGGAGAAAGAACAUGCUGUUGUUAUCCAGGGAUCAGCGAACGGUUGUUUCUCAAACGUCGGGUUCAAUACUCCCGAUGCAGACGGCGGCGAGGUCAACCAGGUUUUGAACCUGGCCAAGGGCUGCUUCAAGCACGGAACCGUCGUGCACGAGAUGCUUCACACCCUAGGAUUUUACCAUAUGCAAAGCACCUACGAUAGGGACGAAUUUGUUAAGAUUGUCUGGGAAAACAUUUUACCUGGUACCGAACACAAUUUUGCCAAGUACAACAAUGAUACCGUUACUGAUUUCGGAGUGAAGUAUGACUACGGCAGUGUAAUGCACUACCCUGAGGUAGCCUUUUCCAGGAACGGAAAUAAGACAAUCAUCCCGUUACAUGAUGGAGUAAAAAUUGGACAAAGGAAUGGGUUAUCGGAGAGUGAUGUGCUGAAAUUAAACAAAAUGUACUGUCAAGAUCAGUCGGAUAAAGACGACGUACAAGUGAGUCCUCGGAGCCGACCAGCCCAGAACCACGCAGAGCUCUUGCAAGACCUUGGUGGCUUAACCUCAUAAUAAAGAGUUUUCAACACUGA